AUGAUGCUCGCGCUUUCGACGCUCAAAGCUGCAUCUAGCUCUCGCGCACCUGUCGCGGCGAGAUUCAAUUCAACUCAGGCUGGCAACGGUCCCGAUGCGUCUUUUGGCUCAGCGACACGCUCCACUGUGCCUCCUCGAUCCACACAUGCCACCUACCAUCCAGGAGGAUAUGGCAUCUCGCAAGGCCUCAAGAGGGCAAGAAAACCAUAUCGUGUGCGCAACAUUCUCACUGGAUCACUGAUCGUGGCUUUCGCCACCAGCGUCUAUUUUUAUUCAAUCUCAAAGGUCAAACAAGAUGACUUCUCCGACCUUGCCGAGAUCAGAGCACCAACAGCCACUGAUUCUGUCCCUGUCACUACCGAGUCGGAUCACAAACACCAAGUAUGA